AUGGAUAUAAAUUGGAAAGGUUUACUAACAAUUCUGAGCAUACAAAAGUUUCUUAAACCAUUGUCCAUUAAAUGCUAUUGUUGGUUUGCAGUUUGUGUCGGGAUCAAAUGGGACAAGAUUCGAUGCUCGUUCGACCGGCAACCCGUUCAAGAAGGAUUGCUGCCUGAAGAACAAUUUGGACGUUUUCCCUGGCUAGGUGUUAUCCAGUAUGACUUUUACUCAGCGGAUACGAUGCGUUACAGCAUCACAGGAGCUGUGCUCAUACAUCCCGAAUAUGCACUUGCGCCAGCCGAGGACAUGGCUAAAAUCGAUAAAGAUAUCCUCAGGAACAGCACAUAUUUCAUAGUGUGGUACAGCGCGGCGGUAAAAUACACCAUGGGCGUGGAAAAUUACACUCUAAACAAAGAGUACGAAUCCCUCACGUAUGCCACCACUGCACUUGUGAAAAUUGUCAGAGACAGGACCAUCGAGCUGGGAGACCCAGAGUACGGAGAAUUCCAGAAAGAAGUAAUCACAAUGGAUGUCGUGGACGUCAAGAAUUGCGACUUGUAUGAUGAAAAAGCCGAGCCGGAGCUAAAGAUGCUGGUUCCGACGUACCCAAUCUGCGCGUCGGCACAGGGCGUGCAUUUCACUUGCUUCAUGGACUCGGGCACCGUGCUCGUCUCUAGAGACUCCAACGAAUAUUGGACGUUGACAUUUCCAGUUGAGCCCGCCAGUGAAGAAGGAGAUGUGGUCACGUUCAAGCGAAUCACCAAUGCCGUGAAAUGGGACCAGGUACCGUGCUCAGUAGACCGUGCUCCGAUAGUAGAAGGUGUGUUGGCCCCAGACCAGAUGGGACGGUUUCCCUGGCUCGGCGUCAUACAGCAUGACUUCUACUUGUACGGUAAAAGGCGGUCGUUCAGCGUGACAGGUGCGGUUCGGAUCCAUGCAUCCUAUGCGCUUGCACCUGCCGAGGACAUGGCUAUGAUCAACCGUAAAACGAUCGCCAACACCACACAUUUUAUAGUAUGGCACAGCGCAGAACUGAAGUAUUCCAUUGGUGUAGAAGACUACAUCAUGCAUCCCGAGUACGAAGACCGGAGGACCUACGCCACCACCGCGCUGGUUGAGCUCAUGAUUGUGGAAUCGAAUCAAGUUGGACACCCAGCCCCUGUUCUGCCAAUCUGUUUGCCUGCCAAGAACCACCCUUCAUUUGACAAAAUCUAUGUCGUAAAAAUGACUACUGCAGAUGAUGGUCAGAUUCUGAAGGAGAUAAUCUCAAUGAUAGCCAUUGACAACAAAGACUGCGACAUGUUCUAUGAAAAGGCUGAGCUGGACUUCAAGAUGAUGUUGCCCUCUCAGCCGAUUUGCGCGGCCACCCUCGAGCAACAGCCGGCCUGCAUAUGGGACGGCGGCGCUGUAUUGGUCACAAGAGAGCCGGAUAGCUAUUGGACACUGUUAGGUUUCGGGGUGCGUGGGCCGGGCUGCGGCGCGCCGGCGCGCUUCGUCGACGUACAAAGCCAGCUGUUGUGGAUCGACCCUCAGGUCAGCGCCACUACGUGA